CCCUCUAUGUAUGGAGUAGCAAGAUGGGUAGGGAUCCGGUGCUAUUCAUAGAAUGGUGAUUGUGAGUGGAAAAUUAAAACACAUACACACAAAAACAUGGAAUCAUUGAUGACCAACAAAGUGAUCCCCUCCAGGGAACAUGUGAAACGUGUGCAAGAGAGUGCAGUCGUAAACGGAAAACAAAGUUUGCAGACAGCAAAUGAAAAGAAGGGAAACAACUCUUCUCGCACUGAACCAAGAAGGUCUUCACGUCUUGAAACCACCGGAGUUAAAAAUGUGGAAUGUGAAUUAAAGAAGCUGUCAUUUAGAAACCCUGGCAAGUUCAUGGAAGACUUUCAGCCUGAAAGUAGUGGGAGAGAGAUGAGGAAGAUGAACAGGAAAUUCUACAAAGAAAAUGUGAGGAGAAACCAGCUGUAUGAUGAAUCUGGGAUUUUGCUGGAAAACAACGAGGAUCUAUGUGACUGCUUGGAUGUCCACUGCCCAGGGUGUCACUUCCCAUGCCCCAAGUGUGGAUCAGAGAAGUGUGGAACUGAAUGUCGUUGUAAUAGAAGAUGGACUUAUGAACAUAUCAAUGUGGAAGGCACUAAUGUUUUGUUUAAAUGGCCAACAUAAUGUCAUUGCAGUGUUUUUGAAACAUAUGCUUGAGCAGAGUUAGGUCCAGUCACUAGUCUGCUAGUCUUAGACUUUUGAACAUCUUGAGAACUAGUUUGUCUCUCCCAAUACCUAAUUUCAUUAACCACUAGUCUGAAAUUAAGCUUUUGUUAAGUUGGAUAAAUCUCAUGGUGUCUCUCACUGUUGAAUGAUUGUCUGGAGCUCUAUGCUAGUGUUCGAAAUUGAGGAGAGCAUCCUAGAGUCCUUCAAGUUUAUUGCUAUUAGUGACCCUUAAAUCAUUCUAUUUUUACAGUGAAGGUAACAAGAAGCACCCCUUGACUUUCAUUUUUAAUAUAUGAACACUGUAGACUGUUUAGCGAUAUUUUACCUUGAAACAAAUAUCAAUCAGUCACACACUAAGUAAAAGAUAUGGAUUUUUAAUUUUUUUUUUUGCUUUAAUGACUGAUACACCGAACACUAAUUACUAGUAAAAAUUAGUUGUGAAAACUUAAUAUUAUCAUCCAUUGCGCCAUAGUUGACACUGCCAAUUGAAAAUGGGAGGUGUGACAGGAAUUUGGCCAUCCUGUCAAAUGAAAAAGAUGGCUUACACACCUCAGAUAAGAACACAUGCAAGUAUCGUGAUACUUAUCGGAUGGCACAGUUGGUGUAUCGUCCCAGCCCUAAUGCUGUGCAUGUUGUCAACGUAUCCAAGGGACACAUUGGUCACAAUUUCAGCAGACUUACAUUCCACAGGCAUCAUUAUAAUUCAUGUUCAUGGGUGAUCUCUGUAUCACAAAGUAGAACUCAUUGCUAUCAGUUAUCUUUAGGUCAUUAAUUCAUCAAUCACCCUUUUUGGAAUGAUCAAAGCGUUACCAAAUUACAUGUAUUCUGAAUGCUGCUGCAUUAUUGAGAAGUGCCUUAUGUGUUUUGUCUGCUUUAGUAUUGCCUAGAAAUACAUCUGCAGCAAGUACAAGUCGUUUGUUGGAGUCUUUUUUAGGAGAUCCUUCAAAAUUAAAAGAAAUUACACAUGUUAAUUUAUCUAGACUAUCAUUCUGUUCCAUUUUGAUUAUGGACUUUGUAAAUAUUUUGUUUAUGUUUAUUAUGGCGUUGUUUUUUGUUGUUGAGGAAUCAGAUGGUCAUGUUCUUUUACAGCUUGUUAGAAGCAUAUGUUCUAGUCAUGUAUAUCUUAGGUCCUACCUAAAAAGGAGAAUAUUUGUGUCUUUGGCACCUACCACAUUAACAAUAGUGAAGGGUCCAGGGAACUAAAUGGACCUGACCAGUGAUGUUGGACUGUUGGACAAGUAGAAGUUUGCCUUUUAGUUGUUCAUGGACUGGUUAAAGAUUCUCCUGGGACGUAAAUGAAAAUUGUAACACUACCAUUUAUUUUGACUACUCAACAUUUGCUAAGGCCCACACCUUUAACUAAAGCUGACUAUUUUUGUCAAAUGUUGAGUGGUAUAAUGGCUUCAAUCACAGAUAUUCAAUUAGAUUAUAACUUUGCACAUUUAUGUGAAGAAAAGCAAAAUUGAACCGAAAUUACACAGUCUGAAAUGUAAUGUACCCAUAAAAUUACAGACAAGUAGUCUUCAACUCUGACAUGUAUGUUUCCUGAGUUUACUUGCAAGAGAAUAAGGAAACAUUGAUAAUGUCUGAUUUCAACACCCCUACCAAGUUUUACACCUACAUGUACACAUGACAGAAAAAAUGUUUCUCUUUAAACAAGACAAACAGUAAGAUUUGUAACAACUUGGUUUUCUUCAUUCACUUUUGGGUUUAUUUAAGUAGUCUCAUUUAAAGUAUUUACCUGAAAAACAAUUUAUUUUUUUACAGCUCACUACACUUUUUUACUUGGAUGAUAAGGUGGUGCUAUCUAGUUGAGCUCAAGGUGGGAGGGCGGACACUCAUGUGUUUACAGACUUACCAUGUCCUAGUUUGCAUGGUGCUAAUGUUUUUCCAUGGGAUUGUUGUAAUACAUCAUGCCAGCUUCCUCUGCCACUUGAAGAACUUAGGCUACUGUUGUUUAUAAAUAUAUUUUUUUAUUUUCAUGUUAAGUAAUGCUUUGAUAGUGUUUUGUAUGUGUUUAGUGUUUAUCUGCAACACUAUGCACUUCUGUUGCAUUGUUUUAUUCACAAGGUUGCAAGAGUCAGGCUUCAUACUCACUGUUGGAGUGCUUGAUGUUCUUAGCACUGCGGAAGUGCAUCAUGUCAUUGAUUCUUUACUGAAACAAUGGACUAACCAAGUUUGUAUCUAUUGCUGUUGAUAAAGUUUCAGUUUUGUGAUAAGUAGAGCUUUUCUAAUGGUAUGUUGCUGUCUGUUCACCAUCUUGUUCAUGUUGUGGAUUUUGCCACGUACUAACAGAUUUUGGCUAAAUCUGUUUCAGAACAAUAACUACCAAAGAUUCAUAGCCAAUCACAUUUGGUCGCAUAAUAUUGCCGAAAGAGAGACUACAUUGGACAAACAUUGAUAGAUAAUUAGCUCAACUGAUUGGAGUCAACUGAUCAAGUGAGCUUAUGUCAUGGCCUGUUUGUUGUUUGUCGUGCAUCAUAAACAUCUCAUCUAAAACCACUGGACCAAUGAAGCUGAAAUAUUAAUACAUGUUACCUCAAUUUGUUCAAGGGGCUCAAAUCACAUUUUUAACAUGACCACCAGGGCAGCUAUCUUGAAAACCCCACAUUAUGCCAUCACUCAGACAUUAUUGUUAAAAAUGUAAUGAAAUUUGUUACAUGUAUCGUUAGUUGUGGCACUCAACGUAUGUGUUCCGUUUUUGGCAGUAUUUUAAAUUUUGACCUUGAUUUGACCUUUGAAUUUGAACUUUACUAAAAGCUGAAAGUUUGUUAGGUUGGUAUCUUUGAUGACCUGUUGACUAAAUAUCCAGGUGAGCUGCAGUGUGGGGCACCGUUUUUUUUAUAAAAUAUUAUUCAGGGGUAGUGAACAGUCAUAAUAGGUAAGAUAUUGUACACACUGGUUAAACUGGACUAUGAUGAGCUGUGGAUAAGAUUACUCUGGUAGAGAGUUUUUAUAGUGCUGCCUAAUUGUCAAAGUAACCACUGGUUUAAAUAAGAGGUGUGAGGUAUCACAUAAUAAUGAAAACUAAUCUGAAAUUAGACAUGUUAAACUGAUUUGGUGAUAUUUAAUUUUUUUUUAUUGGAUCAAUUGAAUGAAUGUGUAGACCAGUAGAGCAUUAUCUGGGUGAAUUUCUGGUAUGUUUACUUGUAUGCCUUCAGUAGGUGUUGAUGAUGGUACAUGGAGAAAAUUGGGAACAUGAAUAAAAUUUAAUCAAAUCCUCUGUUGUCUAACAUUGUUGAAGAUGUGCCUUGACUGUUCAUUCUUUUCAUGGAGGAAGAAGUAUUGUACUAAAGGCAGCUGACUUGUAUUGUAUUCUUUUGUCAAAUACUGUAUUUGGAUUGUUUGUCUUCAAUUUGUAAUUUUCUAUGUGGCUUUGCAAACUGUUAUAUGAUACUGCAUUAAAAUGGAUGAAAAGAA